AUGGAUUAGAAAGAAGAUUUAUAUGAUACUUUGGCUUUGUCAAAAGAUUAGGAUCAAUAAAUAUACAGAGCGUUAAUUGAAAUUUUUCGAAAAGAAAACUUUUCAAAUUUUUCUAAAUAUCUUGCAAAUGAUGGCAAUCUUUAAAAUUAUGAAUAGAAUAUUUCAAAGGUAAUAAGCUUACCAUUUACCAAUGAGCAAGAAGAGUUAAAAAUGGUAAAAAAUAAAAUGAUGAUUAUGAUGAAUAUUAUGAAAUAAAUUAAGGAUCAUGACUUUAAUCAAAAUGAUUUUUUCUACAAAUACCUACAAAGAAACAAGAAAAGAUCUGAUUUAAAAAAUAUCAUAAGAUGA